GAUGCUAUGAAUGUGGUUGGUAUUUCAGAAAAUGAACAAAUUGAUCUAUUUCGUGUGGUUGCUGCGGUUUUGCAUCUUGGAAAUAUCGAAGUAUCUUCAAGUAGAAACGAUCAAGCUCAAGUUUAUGAAACUACUACUUCAGAAAAUGUUUGUAAUUUAUUGGGUAUACCUAUUACGGAAUUUACAAAAGGCCUUCUUAAUCCUCAAGUCAAAGCUGGUAGAGAAUGGGUUACUCAAGCAAGAACCAAGGAACAAGUUCUUUAUUCUAUUGAAGCUCUUGCAAAAUCAUUAUAUGAACGAAGUUUUUUUGCUUUAGUUGAUCGAAUAAAUAAAGCUAUAUACAGACCUAAUAAUAAAUCCUAUUUCAUUGGUGUUUUGGAUAUUGCCGGAUUUGAAAUUUUCAAAGUUAAUAGCUUUGAACAAUUAUGUAUAAAUUAUACAAAUGAAAAACUUCAACAAUUCUUUAAUCAUCAUAUGUUUGUUUUGGAGCAAGAAGAAUAUAAGCUCGAAGGUAUUGAAUGGAAAUUCAUCGACUUUGGCUUGGAUUUACAGCCAACAAUUGAUUUAAUAGAUAAAGCCAAUCCUGUCGGUAUUCUAUCUUGUCUUGAUGAAGAGUGUGUAAUGCCUAAAGCUACUGAUAAAACUUUCGUCGAGAAAUUACAUAGUUUUUGGAAAGAUAAAUCUCCAAAAUAUCAAGUUCCUCGUUUUCAACAAGGUUUCAUUCUACAACAUUAUGCCGCCAAAGUAGAAUACAGAACUUCUGGAUGGCUUGAUAAAAAUAAAGAUCCUCUUAAUGAAAAUAUUACAAAAUUAUUGGCUCGAUCUUCUAAUCAAUAUAUCGCUUCACUUUUUUCGGAUUAUCUUGGUGAUAUAACUGAUAAUGAUAAAAAGAAUAGAGUUAAACGUGGUGUUUUCAGAACUGUUGGUCGUCAUCAUAAAGAACAAUUACAUUCUUUAAUGAAACAACUUUAUUCAACUCAUCCUCAUUUUGUACGUUGUAUUGUUCCUAAUGAAGAAAAAUCUCCGGGAAAAAUUAAUGUUCCUUUAGUUCUUGAUCAAUUACGUUGUAAUGGUGUUUUAGAAGGAAUUCGUAUUUGUCGUGCUGGUUUCCCAAAUCGUUUAUCCUUUAAUGAAUUUCGUCGUAGAUAUGAAAUUUUAACUUUGGGUAUUAUUCCUAAAGGUUUUGUUGAUAGUAAAGUUGCCGCUGAAAAACUUUUGGAUGCUUUUAAAUUGGAUCCUUCUCAAUAUCGUAUUGGUUCAAGUAAAAUUUUCUUUCGUGCUGGUGUG